AGAAACAACUCGCAUUGAAAAAAACGCGAAUGGAAUUUUUUCCGAUUUGAAAAUUUUGGGAAAUUUAAAAUUUCUUUUUCUGGGAAAAAAUUGAUUUCAAUGGACAAAUACGUGAAUGGACUAAAACUGUACUAAAAAUAUUGAAGUAAAAUAGAAUAUAUGAAUUUUAAAUCUUCUCCGAAAUUCAAUAAUUGAACGUGAGUCUCGUCAAUGUGUUUGAAAUCUGGCGCUUUUUCACUACGCCCCCUCAUCAGUGGGUGACGCGAAAUGGAGAACUCUCUCGCCGUCUCUCUUUUUCUCCGUGUGGAUGAAAGUCAAACUGGUAUUUGUGCCUGUACCACUUUGAUUGUACAUAUUCUCCAACACUGUAUAGACACACAGUACUGCUUCGUACGUGGAAGUCUUUUCUUCGGAAACUCCAUCAUCAACAACAAUGUUGAGAAAAAACGACUUACACCAAUAACAAUUAAGGAAAAGAAUUAUAAAUUUUUUUUCAAAAAAAUAAAAAAAAACAAGAAAAAGAACAAGUUUAACUUCAGUUUGACACCAAGGAAAUCUCAAGAAGAAAAAAAAAAAGAAAAUAAAGAUCUGAUAAUGUUUAAGUGUUAAGGAAUAUAUUCGUAUUUAUAAAGAGAGAAUUAAAAGUUCUGGAGUCCUGAUGGUGAGGAAGUAUUGAAUGUAUCGGAGCAAAAAGUGAAACGGAAAAAGGAUUUUUUUUAGAAAGAAGGGCAAAAAAGGAGAGGAAAAAAAAUGGAAGCUGCCGAAGUAACAUUUCUUUUUCAAUUUGGAUUGCUCCGUGAUACAGUCACUGUAGAUUCUAGCCAAUUGACUCUCAAGUCUUUAAAGGAGUUUGCCUGUGAUUUUAUAAAUAGCAAGUGUCCUGAUCAUGGCUUAAGUCAAUUGUUCGAUAGACUUUUGUUAUUUAAACACGAUUAUAAUUCAACUAAUAUUCUUCAGCUCAUUACAAAUGCAAUGGAAAUAGUUGACGAAACUUUAGUGGAAAUAGUUCUCACUGCACAAGUGCCAACCGAGCAAAUUCCAAUUCGACCUCACGCUUUAUCGGUACACUCUUAUAAAGCUCCGACUUUUUGUGACUUUUGUGGUGAAAUGCUUUUUGGUCUUGUAAGACAAGGACUUAAAUGUGAAGGUUGUGGAAUGAAUUAUCACAAACGAUGUAUUAUUAAAGUUCCAAAUAAUUGUUCGCAAGACACGAGUCAAAGACGACUUAGUUCGACACUGUUGAAUGUUCCAAGAUCGCCGAGUCAGAGUUCGACGAGUAGUUUAACAAGUGCCAGCGAUGAUAAUCACAGUACGAAUAUAACACCUAAUACAAGUCAAAACAACAGUACGCUGGCAAUACCAAGUAUCGUAGGACCAAAACAAUCUCGUUCACCAUCCUUGGGAGGAAGACCCGUUUGGGUCGAUCGUGAAAUGGCAACGCGAAUAAAAAUUCCACACACAUUUGUUGUUCACACGUAUACAAGACCAACAGUUUGUGGUCUUUGUAAAAAAUUAUUACGUGGAUUAUUUAAACAAGGCCUCCAAUGUAAAGACUGCCAAUAUAAUGCCCAUAAAAAAUGCGUAGAAAAAAUUCCCAAAGACUGCAUUGGAGAGAAUCCAUGUGACAACGCAGGCAUCGAAUAUCCUGACAGUGGGGUUGGUAGUGAGCCUGAAGGAAGAUGUGAUGGAAGAAAUGAAGAAGGCGAUGGAGAUAGUGACGCAGAAUCUCUGCCUCAACCACCCCAGCUCACUUCGUAUUUAACUGAUGAAAAAGCAAUGAAUGGAAAAUACUCAGAGUUCGCAUCUUCACAUGAUAUAACGACUGAAAAUUCAGAAAAAUCGAGACCUUCAAGCUGCAGCUCAACUCCAAGUAACAAUAUUCCUUUAAUGAGAAUCGUGCAGAGUGUGAAGCAUACAAAGAAAAGAGGUUCUCAAGUAUUAAAAGAAGGUUGGAUGGUGCAUUUUACAAAUCGUGAUCCAAUGAGGAAGAAACAUUAUUGGCGAUUAGAUUCUAAAUCUUUGACUUUAUUUCAAAGUGAUACUGGAUCAAAGUAUUACAAAGAAAUACCGCUUUGUGAAAUUUUAUCCAUCGAGCCACCAACGGCAGUUCAUUCUCAAACCAUGCACUGUUUUGAAUUAAGAACAGCUAAUUUAGAUUAUUAUGUGGGAGAAGAUCCUAUGUUUAGUGGAACUAAUGGACCGGUUCCUCCUCCCGAGAGUGGAAUAGGAGCACAUGUAGCCAGAUCUUGGGAAACUAGCAUACGACAGGCUCUUUUGCCUGUUACUUCAGCAACGAAUCAGGAACAAUCGACUGAACCCGAGGAAUCAGUGACUGACAUGACACAAUUGUAUCAAAUAUUUCCUGACGAAGUUCUUGGCUCUGGACAAUUUGGCAUUGUUUACGGUGGAAUUCAUCGUAAAACAAAUAGAGCAGUCGCAAUUAAAGUCAUUGAUAAACUUCGCUUUCCCACGAAACAAGAAGCUCAAUUGAAAAACGAAGUAGCAAUUUUACAAAAUUUAUCGCACAAUGGCGUUGUCAAUUUGGAUCGAAUGUUUGAAACGCCCGAGAGAAUAUUUGUUGUUAUGGAGAAAUUGAAGGGCGACAUGCUGGAAAUGAUACUCAGCUCAGAGAAGGGACGGCUCAGUGAACGUAUCACAAAAUUUCUUGUUACACAAAUUCUCGUUGCUCUUAAACAUUUACACAGUAAGAAUAUCGUUCACUGCGAUUUAAAACCAGAAAACGUACUAUUGAGUAGCGACAGCGAUUUUACGCAAGUGAAACUUUGCGAUUUUGGAUUUGCGCGGAUAAUUGGUGAGCGCAGCUUUCGACGUAGCGUCGUUGGAACACCGGCUUAUUUGGCGCCUGAGGUACUUCGUAAUAAGGGAUAUAAUCGAUCAUUGGACAUGUGGAGUGUUGGAGUUAUUAUUUACGUUUCAUUGAGUGGCACUUUUCCGUUCAACGAGGACGAGGAUAUUAAUGAGCAAAUACAAAAUGCCGCCUUUAUGUAUCCACCGUAUCCGUGGAAAGAGAUUUCUUCCGAUGCUAUCGAUUUGAUUAAUAAUCUGCUGCAAGUGAAGCAAAGGAAAAGGUAUACUGUUGAUAAAAGUUUACAACACAUUUGGUUACAGGAUUAUCAGAUGUGGUGUGACUUGAGGGAAUUGGAAUCGAAAAUUGGUUGCCGAUAUUUGACACAUGAAAGUGAUGACGCUCGCUGGGCAGCAUACGAUAAUCAAAAUGCAUGACACAACUUUAUAACGCCGAUAAAAGUUUUACCAUCAACGACAGAAACAUUUUUGCGUAAAGGAUGGACUCGCAUUGCUCAAGAUACAUUGCGACGUCUCAUUCGCACUUGAGAGAAAAGUGAAAAGAAAAGAAACAAAAAUAGUCUAGUGAAAUUUUACAAAUAAUUCUUUACAUUUUGGACGUUUCAUAGUAAACUCAAAUUUCUACCAUUAAGUGAGCAAGAGAAUGAAAGAGAGAGAAAGAGAGAAAGAAAUUAUUUGGGGCUCUGUCAUCCUUCAAAACAGGUUACAAUUUUCACAUUUUUUUCUAUUUUUUUACAUCAAUGAUGAAACUUAAAUUAUUCAAAUUUUAUUUUAUUUUUUUGCUUUUGAAUUUGAAUAUUUAAAUUUAAAUCAUUAAUAUAAAUUGAAUUGCGAAUUUCGAAAAGGAAAAAAAACGUUAGUCUUUUUCACUAUUAAUUCGUUAUGUGAAAAGGAAACUGACGCUUUUUUCAAAUUGAGCCCUUUCAGAAAUUCACGAUUGAAUUUGAAUUUGAAUUAUUAAUUCAAAUUUUAAAUUAAUAUGUUGGUGAAGUUUAUAACGUUUAUACAAUCGAAUGAUUC